UAAUGGCGACAUCAAGAAAGCCGCUCGUUGGAGCUGUGGACCAAGGAACAAGUAGCACACGAUUUCUGAUCUUUUCAAGUCAAACUGCUGAAUUAAUAACUUAUCACCAAACUGAAAUCCAGCAAUAUUAUCCUAGAGAUGGAUGGGUGGAGGAAGAUCCAAUGGAGAUUUUGGAAUCAGUUAAAACUUGUAUGGAGAAAGCAGUUGAUAAUCUGAAGGUUUUGGGUAGAGAUCCAGUGGAUAUCAAAUGUAUUGGUAUCACAAAUCAAAGGGAGACAACUGUAGUAUGGGACAAGAUUACUGGACAACCUCUACACAAUGCUAUAGUAUGGUUAGAUGUACGUACAGCAUCGACAGUUGAAGAAUUAGUCAAUAAAACACCUGAAAAGGAUAAAGAUUAUCUAAGACCUUACUGUGGUCUACCUCUAGCUACGUAUUUCUCAGCUGUGAAAGUCAAAUGGUUAAUGGAUAAUUGUGAGAAAGUAAGAGAAGCUAUAAGAGAUGGAAGAUGUAUGUUUGGUACUAUAGAUUCUUGGUUAGUUUGGAAUUUAACUGGUGGACCAGAGAAAGGACAACAUAUAACUGAUGUUACUAAUGCUAGUAGAACAAUGUUAAUGAAUUUACAUAAUUUACAAUGGGAUGAUACUCUAUGCAAAUUUUUUGAUAUACCCAAAUCAAUCCUACCUUCCAUCCACAGUUCCUCACAAAUAUAUGGUCAUUUGGUUGAUGGACCUUUAAAAAAUCUUCCUAUAUCUGGGAUACUUGGAGAUCAACAAGCAGCAUUAGUUGGUCAAACUUGUUUUUCUGUUGGACAAGCUAAGAAUACGUAUGGUACUGGCUGUUUUCUGUUAUAUAAUACUGGACCUACGCCUAUUGAUUCCAAGUCUGGAUUAUUAACAACUGUAGCUUAUAAACUUGGUAAAAAUAAACCACCUGUUUAUGCUUUAGAGGGAGCUGUAGCUAUAGCUGGAGCCUGUAUACAAUGGUUAAGAGAUAAUCUAGGUAUAAUAAAAUCAGCACCUGAAGUGGAGAAAUUGGCUAACCAGGUAGAAAAUACAGCAGGUUGUUAUUUUGUACCAGCAUUUAGUGGUUUAUUCUGUCCUUAUUGGCAGGAUGAUGCUAGAGGUACUAUUUGUGGUUUAACACAAUACACCAAUAAACAUCACAUAGCACGAGCUGCUCUAGAAGCUGUUAGUUUUCAAACUAAAGAAGUAUUAGAUGCUAUGAAUAAAGAUAGUGGUAUACCUUUAGCCUUAUUACAAGUUGAUGGUGGAAUGACAGCUAAUAAUUUACUGAUGCAGAUACAAGCUGAUAUACUUGGCAUCAAUGUAGUUCGCCCAUCAAUGACAGAAACAACAGCAUUAGGAGCAGCAAUGGCAGCAGGCAAUGCAGAAGGUGUUGAUAUCUGGAAUUUAGAUAAUUUACAAUCUAAAGAUAUAGUUACAGAUACCUUCAAACCCUCUAUUACUGAUAUAGAAAGAGACCAAAGAUUUAGUAGAUGGAAAAUGGCAAUAAAAAGAUCUCUUAACUGGGCACAAAAGGAAGAGAAAAUAGAUCUAUCAGAAGAUCGUGGAUUUUGGAAAACAUUGACGGCAGGACUUUAUAUUUGGUCAAGUUUUGGACUAGUAAUAUUUGCAGCUUUUCUCAAAAACAGAUGACCUCUACCUCAAUAGUUAACCUUUGUACUUGCCAAUUGCAAAGAACCCUAGAAAACAGCUUACAGUGUCAGAUAUCCAUGGUGUGAGAGAAGAUAAUAGAACACACCGUACAGUUGAAAUUGUGAUGAGAACUAGUAACAUAGAU